AUGGCUCGCGCUCAGCCAGACGAGACGACCCCGUUGAACGCUGAAAAUCCCAAGUACCAGGCCGUUGAUACUAUCAGGACCCAUGUCAGUGACGAGGAGAGCGAUGCGGUCCCGGAGAGCCCGUCGAAUCCGCCGGUUGAGGCGUUGACCAGCGUUGGGAGCAUCAUCGCCGUGCUUCUUCUUGCACGCUCGUCAUGGCCGCGACUGCACACAUCUCGUCUGAGUUCAACCGCCUACAAGGGGCUGCUUGGCUGUCGACUGGGUAUACCCUUGGAGUAUGCGCCGCGCAGCCGAUGUGGACUCGCAACGGAAAUGUGGAUUGUCAUCGUCGGCCGUGCCCUGAGCGGUAUUGGCGGUGCUGGCGUCAUGACCAUGAGUGCGAUCAUUAUCACCGACAUUGUGGCCAAGCGAGAGAUCGCAACAUGGCGAGCUGUUGUCAACCUGUCCAUGACGCUGGGUCGCAGUCUUGGAGGCCCAGUUGGCGGAGUGCUGACGGACACAAUCGGAUGGCGAUGGGCAUUCCUUCUGCAAGCUCCAUUACUGGGGAUUGCCGCCCUUCUCGUCGCUAUUCAACUCAAGCUGGUCCAGCGUAAUGGCUUUGGUGCACAGCCUAAUAAGUCCAAGUUCAGCCGUAUCGACCUCCGCGGAUCCAUCCUGGUGGCCACGAGUAUCGCGGCCAUCAUUCUUCUCCUUGACCAGGGCGGAAAGGCAUUCCCCUGGGCAUCCCUGCCCGCAUUAGUCCUAGUCAGUUCGGGGGUCCUAACGCUUGCCCUGUUUGUUUACACUGAGCUCUACGUUGCACCGGAGCCGAUCUUCAAACUCCAGAUCCUUAAACGUCCCAACGUGGCUGCUAGCUACCUUGUCAGCUCCUUCCAGGUCGCCGCUCAGGUCGGCAUGAUGUUCACCGUGCCGCUUUACUUCCAGGUUUCUGAUCGGGCGUCCAGUACCGUUGCUGGUGCUCAUAUGAUUCCCGCAGUGGCUGGCAAUGCCAUCGGGGGCUUAACAGCAGGUUCUUACAUUCGACGGACGGGGAACUACAAGCCAAUUCUCGUAGCGGCGGGCCUCAUCGCGUGCAUCUCGUACUUGCUGCAGUUCUUAUGCUGGAAUGGAGAAACUGGGUUCUGGGAAUCGCUGUAUAUCGUGUUCGGCGGCCUGGGCAGCGGGUCUGCAUCAGCGGCGGCCUUUGUGAGCAUGACGGCCUUCUUAGAACCAACCGAAAUGGCUAUGGCUACCGGGGGGUAUUCACUGCUCCUGAACUUUGCCCUCACGGCAGGGAUUACGUCCAACUAUACGCUACUGUCAUCGGAAUUUCGAAGGCAGCUGCAAAGGAGGCUGCUUGGGGAGGGGGCCCAUAAGGACAGCACUGACGAACAAAAGAUCAUUUGCCACGCCUUGUCAAGCAUUGAGUAUAUUGCUGGUCUCACGGGCGCUCUUCGUGAGACGGUGGUUGGCAGCUAUGUUGCUGGCCUGAAACACGCCUACACUUUAACUGCUAGAAAUCAUCGUCUUUAG